AUGGCUACUAAAGAAGAAUUCGUUAGAACCCAGAUUUUCGGAACAGUCUUUGAAAUAACUAGUAGAUAUACCAAUCUAAACCCUGUUGGUAUGGGUGCAUUUGGCCUAGUAUGCAGCGCUCUAGAUACAUACACAAACCAACAGGUUGCUAUUAAAAAAAUCAUGAAACCCUUUUCUACAGCUGUAUUAUCCAAAAGAACAUAUAGAGAACUAAAAUUAAUGAAACAUUUAAGGCAUGAAAACUUAAUAUGUUUAGAAGAUAUUUUUUUAAGUCCCUUGGAAGAUAUUUAUUUUGUUACUGAACUACAAGGCACUGAUCUACAAAGAUUAUUGCAAACCAGACCUUUGGAAAAGCAGUUUGUACAAUAUUUUUUAUACCAAAUAUUAAGAGGGUUAAAGUACGUUCAUUCAGCAGGUGUUAUUCACAGAGAUUUAAAACCCAGUAAUAUUCUAAUUAAUGAAAAUUGUGAUUUGAAAAUAUGUGACUUUGGUUUGGCAAGAGUUCAAGAUCCUCAAAUGACUGGAUAUGUAAGCACUAGAUAUUAUAGAGCCCCUGAAAUCAUGUUGACCUGGCAAAAAUAUGACAUCGAAGUGGAUAUUUGGAGUGCGGGCUGUAUAUUCGCUGAAAUGAUCGAAGGGAAACCCCUAUUCCCCGGCAAAGACCAUGUACAUCAAUUUAGCAUUAUAACAGAGCUAUUGGGCUCUCCACCUACAGACGUCAUCAAUACAAUUUGCUCCGAAAAUACUUUAAAAUUUGUCACUUCAUUGCCUCACAGAGAUCCAAUUCCGUUUACUGAAAGGUUUAAAAAUAUGGAGAACGAAGCUGUUGAUUUAUUGGCCAAAAUGCUAGUUUUUGACCCUAAAAGAAGAAUUACCGCCACUAAAGCUUUAUCGCAUCCUUAUUUAUCUCCAUACCAUGAUCCGACUGAUGAACCUGUUGCAGAACAUAAAUUUGAUUGGCAUUUUAAUGAUGCAGACUUGCCCGUUGAUACUUGGCGUGUUAUGAUGUACUCGGAAAUUUUGGAUUUCCACCAAAUGGCCACCGGCAAUUCCAACAUAAUACUCUCUGAUGGUGCUGACAGGAACAAUAUAACGGCAAACGAUCAAAAUAAUGGUGCUAGUAUUAACAGUUUUCAGAAUCAAAUGAUUGUUGAUCCUAAUGCUGCAUUUGACGAUCAAGUCGCUGUCGCCACCGCUGCUGCUCAAGCUGCUCAAGCUGCAGCUGCGCUGAAUAAUAAUAGUCAUGGUAGCACAGCUAUUACUCCUUCCAUUCCUAUUAAAACGACUACUACUGCUGCUGCACCAACUUCAUCUCCCAUAAACCCACCCAUCGCCGUUAAUAAUAACAGUAACAAUAAUGGUCUUCCAACGGUUAAAAACAAUGACAACACUUUUCCAGGAAAUCCUCCUGUAGAUAAUAAGACUUUAAACUCUUAUUCUAAACAAGCCAAUAAUUUUACAAAUGAGUUUCAAUAA